UGAUAUGGUGAUGCCAUGUGAGGGAGGGGCCGUGUUGUGGUGAUACCAUAGGAAGGAGGGGCCCCUGGCACAGACAUUCCUGGGGGAACCCUGUGUAUGAGGCGGCUCCUCCUCGGUCGGGCCCUCUCUCUCCUCUCUCUCGCUCUCUGUAUAUAGGAUGAGGGAGGCCGGCCCCGCCAUAGUCAGGGUGCUCUCCCCUCCGUCCGCCGUCUCUCAGUGACAGCCGGGUGCACAGUGUGUGUGUGUAUGAGGAUUAUCUGUCCUCUCCUCCUCUCUCUCUCUCUCCUCGCUCCCCGUCCUCCUCCAUCAUCUGAGGGAUGAGAGUGUACAAGAUGGUGCGGGUGGCGAGUGUUCUGGGUCUGGUGAUGCUGAGUGUCGCUCUCCUCAUCCUCUCUCUCAUCUCUUACGUCUCCCUCAAGAAGGACAACAUCUUCACCACCCCCAAGUACGCCGGGCCCGGGGGCCCCCGAAUGUACAUGUUCCACGCCGGAUUCAGGUCACAGUUUGCAAUGAAGUUCCUGGAUCCGUCAUUUGUUCCAAUUACUAACUCCCUGACACAGGAGCUUCAAGAGAAACCAGCCAAGUGGAUAUUUAACCGAACAGCAUUUGCACGGCAGAGGCGAGAAAUUCUCCAGAAUGUGGAUGUAAUCCGAAAUUUUUCUUUGACCAAGAAUAGCGUACGAACUGGGCAGUUGAUGCAUUACGACUAUUCCAGUCAUAAAUACGUCUUUUCUAUCAGCAAUAACUUCCGCUCACUUCUGCCGGACAGCUCGCCCAUCAUGAACAAGCAUUACAACAUUUGCGCAGUCAUCGGAAACAGCGGCAUCCUGACAGAAAGCCAGUGCGGAGCGGAAAUAGACAACGCCGACUUUGUCUUUCGAUGUAACUUUGCUCCAACAGAAGCUUUCUAUAAAGAUGUCGGCAGAAAGACCAACUUGACUACUUUUAACCCAAGUAUUCUCGAGAAAUAUUACAAUAAUCUUUUGACCAUACAGGACCGCAACAACUUUUUCUUGAACUUAAAAAAGCUUGAUGGAGCCAUAUUGUGGAUCCCGGCAUUUUUCUUCCAUACUUCUGCGACAGUUACAAGAACAUUGGUGGACUUCUUUGUCGAACAUCGAGAUCAGCUAAAAGUCCAGCUGGCAUGGCCUGGAAAUAUCAUGCAACAUGUCAACAGGUAUUGGAAAAACAAACAUUUAUCACCUAAAAGACUGAGCACCGGCAUCCUGAUGUAUACACUGGCCUCAUCUAUCUGUGACGAAAUACACCUCUAUGGAUUUUGGCCCUUUGGGUGGGACCCAAACAAUGGGAAGGAUCUACCGUACCAUUACUAUGACAAAAAAGGAACAAAAUUCACCACAAAAUGGCAGGAGUCCCACCAACUUCCUGCCGAGUUCAAAUUGCUCUACAAGAUGCACCGCGAAGGACUAACAAGGUUAACGCUGUCACAUUGUGCCUAAAAAUGAAACCGGAAACAUGAAGUGCCAUUGUUCUAAAAGUGCCCAAAAGUAAUUGAAUAGUCAUCAAACACAAACAAAAAAAAAAAUCAAAAUCAAAACAAUCAAAAAUGUACUUCAUGACAUAGAAUGUAGAAUCUUUUACCCAUUCCUCAUAAUGUAUUUGUUAGAGGUUAGCGGCCGAGAAAUGACCCGUUUUCAAAGAAUGACAAUGGUUGAAAGUAUUUUAUAGAAAACAAAAAAAAAAUCACAAAUCCAUAUGCUGCUAAGUAGUUAUUUCUUGUAUUUUUUACCAGUUUGGAAUGUCUGUUACGUUCUGAUAUUCCGAUGUGAUCAUCAUUAAAGGUAUAAGUCUGCCAC